AGUCUGGCCUAUAAAUACUUGUCCUGAGGCCAUUAUAUGUACUAGCAAGCUCAGAAAUUAACCAGCAAACACACAGAAAUGGAGCAACAGACAGAAAACCGAAGCCACGAGAGAAGGAAAAAGGGAGGGCUCGUCACAAUGCCCUUCAUAUUCGCUAAUGAGAUGUGUGAGAAACUAGCCGUGGUGGGUUUCAAUGCAAAUAUGAUAAGUUACUUGACCGGGCAGCUUCAUUUGCCGCUAACAAAAGCAGCAAACACACUCACAAAUUUUGGUGGAACUGCAAGCUUGACCCCUCUUGUUGGUGCCUUCAUCGCUGAUUCUUUUGCUGGAAAGUUCUGGACCAUCUCUGUCGCUUCCAUCAUCUACCAAAUAGGAAUGAUAAGCCUGACGAUAUCAGCCAUACUUCCACAGCUAAGGCCACCGCCAUGUAGAGGCGAAGAGCCAUGCCAAGAGGCUAAUGGGGGACAGCUAGCAGUUCUGUACGUGUCACUCCUUUUAGGCGCCAUCGGGUCAGGCGGGAUCCGACCCUGUGUGGUAUCAUUCGGGGCGGAGCAGUUCGACGACGCGGAUCCGAAGCAGUCCACCAAGACAUGGUCCUACUUCAAUUGGUACUACUUCGUGAUGGGAGCAUCAAUAUUGGUGGCAGUCACGUUGCUUGUCUACAUUCAAGACAACAUCGGGUGGGGCUUGGGUCUGGGCAUCCCCACCGUUGCAAUGUUUAUCUCAAUCAUUGCUUUCAUGGUCGGGUACCCGCUUUACCGGCACAUGGACCCGGCUGGGAGUCCGUUUACCCGAUUGGUGCAGGUGGGUGUGGCUGCUUUUAGAAAGAGAAAGAUGAAUGUGGAUGAUGCAGAAUUGCUGUACCAGAACGAUGAACUUGAUGCACCCAUAUCUUUGGGAGGGAAGCUAAUACAUACCGACCAAAUGAAGUUUUUGGACAAGGCAGCUAUUGCAACAGAAGGAGACAACGUGAAAAGCCCAAACCCAUGGAGGCUAAGCACAGUUCACAGAGUAGAAGAAUUGAAGUCCCUUAUAAGAAUGGGCCCAAUAUGGGCCUCAGGCAUCCUCCUCAUCACGGCCUAUGCCCAGCAAGGCACCUUUUCUCUUCAACAAGCCAAGACCAUGGACAGGCACCUCACUCGCUCUUUUCAGAUCCCCGCCGGCUCCAUGUCCGUCUUCACCAUCAUCUCCAUGCUCUCCACCACCGCCUUCUACGACCGCGUCUUCAUCCCUAUCGCUCGUCGCUUCACCGGCCUCGACCGUGGUAUCUCCUUCCUCCACCGCAUGGGCAUCGGCUUCGUCGUCUCCACCCUCGCCACCCUUGUCGCCGGCUUCGUCGAGAUCAAGCGCAAGAAUGCCGCUUUCGCCCACGGCCUCGCCGAUCAUUCUCAUGCCACCAUUCCCAUCUCGGUGUUCUGGUUGCUGCCUCAGUACAGCCUUCACGGUGUGGCUGAGGCGUUCAUGUCGAUAGGGCAUAUGGAGUUUUUCUACGAUCAGUCGCCGGAAAGCAUGAGGAGCACCGCCAUGGCUCUAUUCUGGGCCGUCAUAUCCGUCGGAAACUAUGGCAGCACUCUGCUGGUUACCUUGAUUCACAGGUUCACUCGACGUCCGGAUGGAUCGAACUGGCUUCCCGAUAACAACCUGAACAAGGGCAGGUUGGAGUACUUUUACUGGAUCAUCACUUUGCUCCAACUUAUUAACCUUAUCUUCUACUUGUGGUGCGCCAAAUGCUAUACUUACAAGCCCGUUCAAGUUCACAGUAAGAGUAUUGAUACUAGUAGUUCAGAAGAGAGGGAAGAACACGAAGGAGUUGAGCUUGCAAGCAAGGUCUAGCUAGAUUCUGGAUCUAUAAUUUAGACACAGUAUUAGCUGGGGCAGUAUAUAUAGUAUUAGUUAGCUAAGUGAUAAGCAUACAAUAAAAUCGCACUAAUGUUAUUAGCAUAUUGUAUGUUCCGAUGUAUUUCUAUUAUAAAUAAGAAAAAGAUAUAUGGACUAGUUUUCAAUGUGA